CUGGCCAGGGCCCUAAGAUUAAUGUAGCACACACACACUGACUCUUGGGGACCUGAGGAAUGUGAGAGUUCAGCCACCUUUCUUGUCACUAGACAGGCCCUCAGGUUACAUGGGGGGUGGGGAGGUAAAGGAUCGCCACCACCUCAGUAAUGCUGCGCAGAUGAAAGGGUCAUACACACAGAUAUGUGGAGUCAGGCAUUAGUGCCCAUGGCAGUAGCAGUGGUUUACUCUUCAGUAGCAGCGGGAGGAGGUGGUGUUGCUCAACCUGCAGCCCAAGUUCCAACAAGGUCUCCUAGAUGGGCAUCACAGAGGCCUGGUUUCCAGAAAAGCAAGGACCUCUUUGCUCAUAUAAUGGGAUGAAGUAAGGAAGAGAUGUGAAAAAGCCACACGGCAAGCUUGCACCCUACACUCAUAUCUGUUAUAGAAAGAGAUGGAAUAUUAUUUUCUUUGCCUUUCAUGUGUACAUAUGUGUUGUGUGUGUGGGUUACUUUCCUUGGGCGUGAUCCCUAGGACGCACUGGAGAGGAUGAGCUCCCAGAAGGUGAGGUGCCAGCCUCCCAGAGACCUCAGGGAUCACCAUGAUGAGCCCAGCUGUAGCCUGCCUUUGGAACAGCCGGGACACAUGCCUUUGAAAGAAGAAGCCCUGGAGUCUGCAGAGCAGUUUAGCCUGUUUCCUUUGGUACUUCCAGGCCUUAAAACCACAAAUUAUUGACUGGAAAAGGCGACAUCAUGUUCACAGCACCAGGCGUGGCCACCAUUAGGGAAAGACCUUAUUCCUGCAGCGAGUGUAGCAAGAGCUUUCGGUACAGCGCAGUGCUGCUGCGGCACGAACGUGCCCAUGGUGGUGACAAGCGUUUCCGCUGUCUAGAGUGUGGUGAACGCUGUGCUCGAGCCGCAGACCUUCGUGCACACAGGCAGACCCAUGCUGGCCAGACCCUCUAUAUCUGCAGUGAGUGUGGCCAGAGCUUCAGUCACAGCAGUCUGCUGGACCUGCACCUGGGGACGCACCGAAGGCGCAGCCCCAACUGCCCGUGCCGCCUCUGUGGUCGUCGCUUCCCUCAUGUCCCCGCGCUGCUGCUGCAUCGGGUUCGCCAGCACCCACCUGAGAAGCCCCACCGCUGCCCACUGUGUGCCCGCUCCUUUCGGCAGAGCGCCCUUCCCUUCCACCUGGCACGGGCGCACCCGCCAGAGACCGCCACUGCCACUGCUCCUUCCCCCAGCACGCUCUACCACUGUACACAGUGCCCCCGGGCCUUCCACAGCAGCGCUGGGCUGCGGAACCAUUCCCGUAUCCACGUGGUCCCCAGCCUCAGCGACCCUGGUGCUGAGGCCCACCAAUGUGGCGUGUGUGGUAAGAGCUUCAGCAAGAGUUCCACACUUACACGACAUCUCCAGAGGCACUCUGGGGAGAAGCCUUUCAAGUGCCCUGAGUGUGGCAAGGGCUUCUUGGAGAGUGCCACACUGGUGCGGCACCAGCGUACUCACACUGGGGAGAAGCCAUAUGCAUGUAGCGACUGUGGACGCUGCUUCAGCGAGAGCUCCACACUGCUGCGCCAUCAGCGCAGCCACCAGGGUGAACGGCCGCACAUAUGUGCUACUUGCGGCAAGGGCUUUGGACAGCGAUAUGACCUCGUAGUGCACCAGCGCAGCCACACAGGGGAGAGGCCUUUCCCAUGCCCGGAGUGUGGCCGGGGCUUCACAGACCGCUCGGACCUCACCAAACACCUGCGCACGCACACCGGGGAAAAGCCCUACCACUGUGAGCUGUGUGGCAAGCGAUUUACCUGCAUCUCCAACCUAAACGUGCAUUUGCGCAACCAUGCAGGCCAUAAACCACACAAGUGCCCAGAGUGUGGCAAAUCCUUCAGUGUUGCCUCCAAGCUUGCACUGCACAGAAAGACACACCUAGGUGAGCGGACAGCAGAGUGCACAGAGUGUGGCAAGUUCUUUAGCCACGGCCGGUCACUAUCCCAGCACCAGCGGUCCCAUAGACGUGCUCGGGCAGCUGCAGCAGCAGCCACUACUACUACCACUGUGGUCACUGAGGUGACAAUAGGUGCCCCCCUUGCCCUCACAGGGCCGAGGGAACAGGAGAAGCCAGGGCUCUUAGUGUCUCCAUUUCAGGAGACUUGCUAAGAGGAUUCCACG